AUGACACUGUGCAUACUGCUGAGCACUUUGGCUGCAUCGGUGCAAACUUACCAGCUCCGAGAGGCCACUGUGUACUGGGAUGCUGCCCAGAAAAGUGUGAUCCUGAAGGAGGGGGUGAUGGAGGCAGAGGGGGGUGCCUAUGGUUACUUCAAUGACACUCUGCUCCUCUCUGGAUGGGGCGUCUUGGAGAUCUGCGCCGGUUAUGGAGGAAUCACACAGGAGGAUGAGACAACCUUUUUCCUGGCUGGUUACCUGGAAGGCUUCCUCACUGCUGGGCGAAUGUUCAGUCACUACUCCAACAUGUUCCCUCAGCUGAUAAAAGAUGAGAAGGUUCUGAAUCCCCUGAAAAGGUUUUUAAGCAAACAGAACCAGUGGGCCAGAGAGCAGGUGAAGCUGCGGAGGAACAGCGACCCUCUGUGGAAGCAUCUGGGACUGAUCCUAGCCCAGCUGGAUGGGCUCCACGCCGGAGCUGCACAGUGGGCCAAAAGCAAACACACAGAGCCUCUAUCAGCGUUUGCGGUCCGGUUCCUGAAUGGUGUCGGUGACCUGCUGGACCUGGUCCCAGCUCUGACACCUCGCUCCAACUCCUCCACGGGGACCGGGGCUUUCAGGAUGCCAGGAAUGGGUCACUGCACUGCUCUCAUAAAGGUGCUCCCAGGCUUUGAGAACCUGCUGUUGGGCCACUCCAGCUGGUAUACUUAUGCAGCCACUAUGCGUAUCUAUAAGCACUGGGACUUCAGGGUGUCUGACAUGCACACAGCCACUGGAAAGAUGUCGUUCAGCAGCUACCCCGGCUUCCUGAUGUCUCUGGAUGACUUCUACCUGCUUGGGAGCGGCCUGCUGAUGACUCAGACAUCCAACAGUGUCUUCAACGCCUCUCUGUUCUCGCGGCUCAGCCCUCACAGCCUGUUGGCCUGGCAGAGAGUCCGCCUGGCCAACAGCCUGGCGCGCAGCGGAGCGGAGUGGGCGCACGUCUUCUCCAAAUACAACUCAGGGACAUAUAACAGCCAGUAUAUGGUAGUGGACCUGAGCAGGAUUUCUCUGGGUCACAGCAUCAGGAAUGGAGCUCUGACCAUUGUGGAGCAGAUUCCUGGGAAGGUGAUGCACUCAGACCAGAGUGAAGCUUUACGCAGAGGGUAUUGGCCAUCCUACAAUAUACCAUUUCACAUUGAAAUCUACAAUCUGAGUGGGUACGGCGUGAUGUGGAGGAGACACGGAGAAGACUUCUCCUAUGACCUCUGUCCCCGAGCCAAAAUCCUGCGCAGGGACCAGGCCAAGGUGUCUGACCUCAGCUCCCUCAAACACAUCAUGAGAUACAAUAACUACAAGAGAGAUCCCUAUUCCAAGGGCCAUCCAUGUAAAACCAUCUGUUGCCGUAACGAUCUGAGACCAAGGAGACCACGCCCGGGGGGUUGCUAUGACACAAAGGUGACAGACUACCAGAUGGCUCUUCAGCUGGUCACAGAGGCAAUAAAUGGCCCUACGACACAGGGGGGUCUGCGUCCAUUCUCAUGGCAAUCCUUCAACCUCACCACUCAUCAGGGUCUCCCACGCAGCUACAACUUUACCUUCGUCACCAUGAGGCCCACGCUGCGCCAGCCCUGA